AUAUUUCCGGCACCACCAAAAUCUUCAACUUCCACUGCUCCCUAAAGUCAAGAGUUUUGUUCAAUCAGUUCUCAACCGAGAGGGCCGCCAUUUUUACGCUUCAAACCUCACAGAACCGUGUCGGAGGUAGAUCGAGAAGGGCCGGGUGGUAAUUUCACAUGCGCACCGGCAUGUGCAGAGUUUUUUCUUUCUCUUCAUGAUAAGGUUAUCGGGGGUUCUUGGUUUGUUGUCUCCGACAGCUUUCACUGACCGCCGGCGCCGGAAUCCUGGCACCCACUUCUCCGGAAAAUGUGUGUUUGGUGAAGCCCGACAUGUACCCGGAAGCGCAGCAAGGCCGAGAGUCCCCCGCCGGAAAACCAAGAAUCCGGCGAGCGCUUGACCUCAUCUCUACGCUCAUUUCCGCCUCCCAUUCUAUCAGGGCCUUCGCGGUGAAAUGGCAAUUGAUACGUAACAAGCUCGAGGAGCUCCUGUCCAGCCUCUCCGCCGUCGAGAACUGCGACGAUUCCAGCGAAAAUUCGCAACUUUUCGGCGCCGUGAAGGCCAUUUCCGUCACUCUGGAGAGCUGCCUCGACCUCGCUAGCCGCUGCGCGGAUUUAUCCUACGGCGGGAAGCUCCGCACGCAGAGUGAUCUUGACAUAGUAUCCGCAAAACUUGACGGGCAUAUAAAGAAUUUGGCGGAGAUUUACGCCCGUGGCUUGCUUUCUCAGGGCUACGCCAUUGUGGUUUCAAAACCCGGCCUUUCGGCGUCGCGCGACGAUAUGAAAUUCUACAUCAGCGAUUUGCUGUCCAGGCUGAAAAUCGGCUGCAAGGACAUGAAGAAACAAGCCCUUCUUGCCUUCAAUGAAGCGAUUCAAGAAGACGAUAGGUAUGUGAAAGUAGCUAUCGAGAUUGAUAACUUUGUGGGCGUGUUAGUGAAUUUUCUUGAUUUUCAUGAAGAUGAUACUAUCCAAGAAGAAGCUUCCAAGGCAGUGUCAGUAAUUGCAGGCUUUCAAGCUUAUAAGGGGGUGUUGAUCAAAGCUGGGAUAAUUGGCCCACUGAUUAGAACUUUGGAGAGUGGGAGUGAUUUGAGUAAAGAGUAUGCAACAAGGUGUUUGCAAAAGGUCACAGAGAAUUCUGAUAAUGCCUGGUCUGUUUCAGCUCAAGGUGGAGUCACUGUCUUGUUGAAAAUGUGCUCCAAUGGUGACUGUAGGGGUGAAUUGGUUGCCUUGGCUUGUGGGGUGUUGAGAAAUCUUGUUGGGGUUGAGGAGAUCAAGAGGUUCAUGGUUGAGGAAGGCGCGAUCCCAGAGUUCAUCAAGCUUGUGAGGUUGAAAGAUGAGGUUACACAGAUAUGUGGCAUUGAGUUUCUGCAAUGUGUGGCUUCUGGGGAUGAAUCCACCAGGCAAAUGAUCAUUAGAGAAGGAGGGGUUGGGGCAUUAGUGAAUGUAUUGGACCCCAAAUCGUUAUUUUCGUCUAAAACCAGAGAAGUAGCCUUGAGGGGGAUCAUGAAUCUGUGCUCCUCCUCAGCUAGUUUUGUUACCAUUUUAUUGAGUUAUGGGUUCAUGGAUCACAUUCUGUACUUCCUCAGAUACGGGGAAGGCUCGAUUCAAGAACUGGCACUAAAGGCCGCCUUUUGGAUGUGUGGGACUUCAGAGGAGUCCAAGAAAGCAAUGGGGGAUGCAGGGGUGAUGCCAGAGCUUGUGGGGUUUCUUGAUUCCGAAUCUUAUGAAGUUCGCGAAAUGGCAGCCGAGACAUUGUCUAGUCUGGUGGUUGUGGCUGGGAACCGAAAGAGAUUCGUGCAGAACGAUCAAAACGUUGUAUUGCUUCUGCAGAUGCUUGAUCCUGAAGAGGCAAGGUUUGGGAACAAGAAGCUCUUGCUUUCCAUUCUCUUGUCCUUAACCAGCUGCAACACUGCAAGGAAAAAAAUUGUAAAUUCUGGCUACUUAAACCACAUUGAGAAGCUUGCAGAGGCAGAUGUUUCAGAUGCCAAAAAGAUUGUCAGGAAAUUAUCCACCAGCAGAUUCAAAAACAUCCUUAGUGGAAUCUGGCAUUCUUGAUUCCCUUUCUUUUUUUUUUCUUUUUGGUUUUCCCCUUUAGUUUCCCAAUAUUUAAGUUCCUGUUUUGUACAUUCCCUUAAGUGCCUUUUUCUGAGUUAGUUAAACUUUCAUAAUCAUUUUCCUAUGAUUGUU